GAGAGAGAGAGAUGAGGAGUGAUAGGGCACGUUUGAAUUGCGGGACAACAAUCCCAGUCCUGGGAUUUGGCACUUACUCUUACCCAAUUGACUUGAAGGCCACAGAAUUGGCCAUCCAUACGGCUCUCAAGGUAGGUUACAGGCACUUCGAUACAGCAAAAGUCUAUGGAUCAGAGCCAGCGGUUGGAAGGGCUUUGACAGUGGCCAUUGACGAGGGCUUUGUGGAGAGAGAAGAUGUCUUUCUAACGUCGAAGCUGUGGGGCAGUGACCACCAUGAUCCUGUUUCCGCUCUCAAGCGAACUCUCCAGAACCUCGGGAUGGAGUACGUGGACAUGUACCUGGUGCACUGGCCGGUGAAGCUGAAGCCAGGGGCGAACAACGCAGUGCCGAAGGAAGAAGAGUUCGAGCCGGAGCUGGACAUGGAAGUGACGUGGCGUGGGAUGGAGAGAUGCUUCGACUCGGGCUUGUGCCGAGCGAUUGGUGUCAGCAAUUUCUCUUCCAAGAAGAUUGAGACUCUUUUGGAUUUUGCUUCCGUCCCUCCCGCCGUCAAUCAGGUGGAGAUGCACCCAAUGUGGAAACAGAGGAAGUUGAGAGAAGUGUGUGGAGAGAACAAGAUUCUUGUGAGCGCUUAUUCCCCCCUUGGAGCACCUGGCAAUGCCUGGGGAUCCACGGCUGUUGUGGACAGUCCGAUCAUCCAAUCCAUUGCUCUCAAGCACAAUGCGACUCCUGCUCAGGUUGCACUCCAAUGGGGAGUAUCGAAAGGAGCGAGUGUGAUCCCGAAGAGCUUCUCCAAAGACAGGAUGGAAGAGAACAUGGGCGCCCUCGAUCUCUGGUUGGAUGACCAAGACAUUCUCGACAUCGACAAGCUCGGGGAGAGGAAGAUCCUCAGAGGCGAUGUUUAUGUUAAUCAGACAACAAGCCCCUACAAGACGCUUGAGGAGCUCUGGGACGAUGAGAUUUGAAUUUGAGAACCCCACGAAACUUGCUUGUGUUUUUCAACGUGUACGUAUAUGGUUGUUGCCGUGUAAGUGAAAAGGGCAUCAUCAUUAUAUAUAGUAAAGUCACGAUUCCUGAGGAUCA